UAUUUCCCCUAUAUAUGCCAGCCGGACGCCAAAACCUCGUUAAACAUGCAAUACAACUUUCGGUUACUGCAGUUAAUUUCCCACCAAUGCCUUCCAAAAGCAAGCAAAUUCUCGACCUUUACAAAUCAUACCGCCACGCUGAACAAGAAAUCCUGCAUCUUUCUUCUAAAAAAUUGCAAAUCAAUCACACAUCUCAAACAAAUCCACGCCCAAAUCUUCCGGGUUGGCCUCCACCAAGACAUUCACGCUCUCAAUAAGCUCAUGGUCUUUUGCACCCAUUCUUCUGAUGGAAAAUUGAGCUAUGCAGAGACGAUCUUCGAGUACGUACAGGACAGAUGUUUAUUCAUCUAUAAUCUCAUGAUCAAAGCAUUUGCAAAGAAAGGAUGUCACAGAAAAGCUCUUUCUCUUUUCGGUAAAUUGAGGGAAGAUGGCUUGUGGCCUGAUAAUUUCACUUACCCAUUUGUUUUUAAGGCAAUUGGAUUCUUAGGAGAGGUUUUUGAGGGUGAAAAGAUACAUGGGUUUGUGAUAAAAACUGGUAUUGAAUUUGAUAAUUUUGUAUGUAAUUCUCUCAUUGACAUGUACGCUCAGUUCGGUUUAAUUGAUAUUAUGAAGAAGGUGUUCGAUGAAAUGCUUCAAAGAGAUGUCAUUUCCUGGAAUGUGCUAAUUUCUGGAUAUGUUAAAUGUAGAAGAUUUGAGGAUGCUAUUAAUGUUUUUCACCGCAUGCGACAAGAGAGUGAUUUGAUGCCUGAUGAAGCCACGGUGGUCAGCACUCUUUCAGCUUGUACAGCUUUAAAAAAUUUGGAACUCGGUAAGGAAAUUCACCAGUAUGUGAGAGAGAGAAUUGAGUUCACUUCUAUUGUUGGAAAUGCAUUGAUGGACAUGUACUGUAAGUGUGGUUGCUUGAGUAUGGCACGAUUGAUUUUUGAACAGAUACCUUCUAAAAAUGUCAUUUGUUGGACUACCAUGGUGUGCGGUUAUGCAAAUUGUGGUGAUCUAGAAGAAGCAAGGGAGUUGUUUGAGAGGAGUCCAGUUAGGGAUGUUGUUAUUUGGACAUCUAUGAUCAAUGGGUAUGUGCAGUUUAACCGUUUUGAUGAAGCAGUGGCACUCUUUAGAGAAAUGCAAAUGAGAAGAGUCAAACCUGACAAAUUCAUAGUGGUUUCUCUACUCACAGGUUGUGCUCAAACAGGAGCUCUAGAGCAAGGGAAGUGGAUUCAUGGGUUCAUAGAUGAGAACAGAAUUCCAGUAGAUUUGAUUGUUGGCACUGCUCUAAUAGAUAUGUAUGCAAAAUGUGGGUGCAUAGAAAAAGCUUUGGAGAUUUUUUAUGGGUUAAGAGAAAAAGAUACAGCCUCAUGGACUUCAAUUAUAUGUGGGCUUGCCAUGAAUGGGAAGACUGUCAAGGCACUUGAGUUGUUCUCAGAAAUGAAACAAGCUGGAGCUAAACCUGAUGAUAUUACUUUUAUCGGUGUCCUAAGUGCCUGUAGUCAUGGAGGAUUGGUCAAGGAAGGUCGGGAGUUCUUCAAGUCUAUGACAGCGAUGUAUAAUAUUAAGCCAAAAUUAGAACACUAUGGGUGUCUGAUUGACUUACUUGGUCGAGCAGGACUGCUAGAUGAAGCAGAGGAGUCAAUAAAAAAGAUACCUAAUGAAGGUCAUGCCAUCUUAGUUCCACUUUAUGGUUCUUUGCUCAGUGCUUGUAGACUCUAUAAGAAUGUGGAUAUGGGCAAGCGGGUGGCUAUGCAACUGGUGAAAAUUGGGUCAAGUGAUUCAAGUGUCCACACUCUCCUUGCCAAUAUCUAUGCCUCUGCAGAAAAAUGGGAAGAUGUAACAAAGGUGAGAAGGAAAAUGAAAGAUCUUGGAGUAAAAAAGUUGCCUGGUUGUAGUUCAAUUGAGGUUGAUAGUAUCAUCCAUGAAUUUUUUGCCGGGGAUCCAUCUCACCCAGAUCUGGGAGAAAUAUAUUUUAUGCUGGAUAGAUUGGCUAAACCAUUGUUUGGUUUAGAAAAGAAUGAAAUCGAGAUAGAAGGUUGUUAGU